AUGACCCUAAUUCAAAGAACUACUUGUAGAACACAAGAGCUAAGAGCAAUGGCACUGAGUUCUGGUUUCGGAAUUGUUCUUACAUUUUUCUUUCUUUUUCGCGUUUUUGAAGCUAACGAUACUGCUUUACCACCAAAGUUCUUCAAUGUGUUGGACUAUGGUGCUGUUGCAGAUGGAAAGACGGAUAAUUCUGAGGCAUUUCUCGAAGCAUGGAAAUAUGCGUGUGAAUAUGAUGGAAGAAGUGGGGUUGUAGUCCCUCUUGGGACGUUUAUGCUGGGAUCUGUCACCUUCCAAGGAUUGUGCAAGGGAUCUAUGGAGUUUUUAAUUAAAGGGACUCUUCAGGCCCCGACAGACAGUUCGAAGUUUUUCACUGACACCUGGAUUGGUUUUCAAUAUCUCGACGAUUUGACUGUGGAAGGUGGUGGAUCGUUGGAUGGCCAAGGAUCUGCUGCUUGGGGUUUUAAUGAUUGUGCAGAGAAUUCAAAAUGUUCACCUCUACCAGCUACAUUGAGGUUCAACUUUGUGAACAAUUCAAGAAUCCAGAAUGUACAAUCAAUCAAUAGCAAAAAUGCUCAUUUCAACCUUUUCGCCUGCAAUAACAUGAACAUCAGCCAUGUUAAAGUAAUGGCGCCAGCCAACAGCCCCAACACCGACGGCAUCCACAUUGGUAGCUCUCAAAAAAUCCAGAUCUCUCAGUCGACUAUUGGAACCGGGGACGAUUGCAUAGCCAUGAUUGCUGGCAGUCAAAAUAUUGACAUCUUCGACGUUAUUUGUGGGCCCGGACAUGGCAUCAGUGUUGGAAGCCUUGGAAGAGACCAUGAGAAUGAUUAUGUGCAAGGAUUAAGCAUAAGAAAUUGCACAUUUACAGGGACUGAAAAUGGAGUGAGAAUUAAAACAUGGUCGCCAUCUUUAAACAGUUUAGCUUCUGAUAUGAGAUUUGAGGACAUUUUCAUGCAAAAUGCUAGCAACCCUAUUAUUAUUGAUCAAGACUAUUGCCCACGUUCUCCUUGCACUCCCGAGGGUCAAUCGAUAUCGGGAGUUCAGAUAAAGAAUGUGACAUUCAAAAACAUUUGGGGCACUUCGAGUUCAAAGAUUGCAGUGAAUUUAGAGUGCAGUAAAAGAGUGCCUUGUCAGAAAAUCGAGUUUGUAGACAUAAAUUUGGUUCACAGUGGACCAGAUGGACCUGCAACUUCUCGGUGUGCUAAUGUCAUUGAUUCUUCUUAUGCCAAGCAGAUGCCGCCUGGUUGUGUAUAG